ACAGUCGUUUAACGAUUUAGGCUGUGUUCUUCAGAACCAGUAGGCUCGAUUCUUCGGAAUUGAGAGAGGUUUAUCCUCAAUUUAUCUAUCAACCCUGUCAUUGUACUUUGGUACAUGAAAAUUGGUAUCAGCUUCAUGAUCCUGAGUACCUGAUUCAUGAAGAAAGGAGACACUACAGACAGUUGUUGCUCAACCAUAACGUCAUGGUGAACGAUUAUCAGUUUUGGAGACUCAAAUGAAAGAUAUCAAAACCCAAGUGCGUUCAAUUGAGGAGACUUUGAAUUCUCAGUUUUCUUUCUUAUGCAAGCAUUUGGGAAUUCCAGUACCAGUUAUUCCUUCUACAAAUUUCACACCAGAUCCGGGUUCAACUUAUGCUGCUAAGUCAUCUGAGGAAACAAAAUCAAUUGACGAAGCACCAACUGAUUCUCUCGAAUUAGAAUUGAUUCCUAAUUUUUUCUUCAUUGGAAACGAUGAUGUUGAUUUACUUCAUAGUCAAUUUGAAGACAAUUCCAAAUUAGAGAUCAAUUGCUUCUCCGAGUUAUCUCCAGUUACAAUUGACAAAAUCAAAGAUAUAGAGAUGCAGUUUUGGGUCAAUUAUUUGGAGAAGAAUUCUGUAAUUUCUGAAUACUUGAUGGUUUAUUCUUUUUUCAUAAUAAGUUACUUCAUAUGGAUUCUUUUGGUCUCCAUUUUGAUUAUAAUCGCUUCUUAUUCGAUCGAGGUAAGUUUACUGUAUUCUUAUCACUUACUUAUGAGACAUUAGUUCUUCAAUCGCUUCUUAGCCUGGGGUAUAACUCAAAUUUUUGGUUUCUACAUUCAUUUCCUCGUUUAUGUGUUACUGGUUUUGCAUUUCUGGGUGCGAAGAAGAUGUUUGUUCACAGGCCUGAUAGGGAUAGAUUUUUGUUACUACUCUUGUUUGCUAGAGUAAUUACUAUUGAGACUAGCUGUGAAAACCUUGCAAGCUCAAAGUAUUUGAUCAUUAUUGAAAACAAAUUGAACUGUAAGGACAGUGUUACUCUUCUUUUUGAUGAUACUCCUUCAUUAUUUGAUUGAGGAAAAGAGGUAGAGCUCAGUUUAAGAACUUCUUUUUUUACUAAAUGUACUGAAAUUAUGUCUCAAAGUGAUGUGUGCUUGAAUUUUUUGCCUGGAUACUAUACAGUUUCUGUUCCAGAGUUGAUUCAUGAACAAGGUGUUUCUAGUACACAACUGCUUGGUAAAAUGAUUCAAAUAGAUAUUGUUUAUAAGAUGUUUUUUAGACAUGGGUUUCGAUUACAUACAUUCUUUAUAAAGUAUAUCUUGUUAGCAUUCAGAACUGGUGAUAUUGGUGAUGUUUUUAUGUAGUGUCUUCAAAUGGUUCGGAUGUGGAGAAAAGUAUAUUUUCCAUUGCAGCUUAAGUAUGGCUCGCUUCAUGAGAUUGAAGUUCAAAUUCUUGAAUCAUUGGUUGUUCUUAGGAUUCAUAUAAAGAGUUUGGAAAGUUUCUCUGAGUUUAUUAUGUUCAUACUUCACCAGGGAUUCUUGUAUUUGCAACUUGUUUGUUCUCUGCAGGUGUUUUACCUUGCGUUUUGUUACUCGAUUAGUAUACAACCGUGGCAAAGAGUUUGAACAAUUAUGGGUUUGCUUUGGAUUUGAUGUCACUGCUUCUAAUUACCUGAAAUAUGCUUUUUCUCUCAUUCUUCAUAAUCAAGUGCUUGUUCAACGUCCAACUCUUAUGUACGGGUAUCAAUCUGAACUAUUGUCUAUGUAUUCAUAUCUGCUGGUAUUUGUUACAACUGAUGAUUGUGGUGCUAGUGGUUAUCUGCCUGUGAAAACGGCGCAGAGAAACAAUGUAUCCGAGACUACUUUAACCUCUCUGUUUGGCAUAUGGCUUAGGAGUAUACUGUGGAGUCUGAACGGUGGUGGAACUCAUACUCUUUUACUGCUUCAACAUGGUUUGGUUUAUGAUACAGGAGACACAGUUGGUGACUUUUGGAAUAGAGGAUCAAUGACAAAACAAUUUUCGUGUUAUUGUUAUAUGAUUUUCAUUCUCAGCUCUAGAUAUACACAUCCGCAUCCAUUCAAUACUUCUGUCAUUCAUUCGCGUAGUUCUAAGGUGAUAUUCAACUGCAGGUUGCUUGGUAGGGGCGGUUUUUAUAAUUGUUUUGCUUAUACUCGUACCUUAUUUGAUCGUGGGAAGGCAUUCAAACUCAGUAUAUGGGGUUCUUAUUUUUUGAAAUGGGAGUUUGAAUUUCGGUUUGUUUUUGACAUGGGUUUUAAUUUAGUGGUUAAAUGCCAUAAAGGAUUUCUUCAUGAGCUGGUUUAUAAAAUUGGGGACUGGUCAGAUUGGUUUUUUGGUGCUUCAAUUGUUUAUCUGUUAGCUAACGGUGGAUCAGAAUUCUUUCUCUUACUGCUGAAGUGUGGUUCACUUGAGGUGUCGAAAUGUGUUCUCAAGGAAAUUUCUGCUCCUAUUUUUCUUAUAAUAACAACAGGCGCAGAGAUUUAUAUGGCUGUCUCUGAGCAAUUAAAAAUGGGUUUGGCGUUAUAUAGUUCACCGAUUCUUGGAAGAGAGGGCCAUUUUGACGGUUAUAUGUGGCCAGAAUUCAUUCUGAUGUGGUACAAGGAUGAUGGAUGGGCAGAAUUCAUUCUGGUGACAAUGGUGUUAGUUUCUCUUACAACUGUUAAAGCUCAGUUCUUGGCCAGGGUGGACGAUUACAUAGGACAACACCAAGUCUAUUUCCCACUAUUGUUUCUGUUGUUCCUUUUUAUCAUAGUACUCCCAGAUGUGGUGCGGAACUUUAGGACAGUUUUUCUGCAGUCAAGGGAAUGUUUUUAAAAUGGACAGAACGGGGCACCAGCUUCGUCAUUUUCAUUGGGUAUUACAGACAUGUUCAUUGUUGGCAGCCAUUACAGACAUGUUCACUGUUGGCAUCCAAGUGCAAGCAAGUUCAAUUCAAUGGUCGAUUUUACUGGCGGAAAUGCUUUCUUGCGUAAAUAUUCUACACGGCAGAUGCAACCACAUAUGGCUACCAAGAUGAACCUGCACAAGAGAGGAGACGUCCUGGAAACUCAAUUCACAUCCUUGAGGACAAGGAUGUUUCCAAGGAGUAGGGAAUGUCAUGUACCUUCACAAGAGAGGAGAGUGGCCCUUAUCAUAUUCAGGGUGGUAGUUAGUCUUUAAUAUUAAUUGUUGUUAGUAGUUGAUUAAGGAUGAUUAUUAGUUAAUGAUAGUUGUAAUGGAUGGUUGGGAUGUAAUCAUCUGUGGGGAUUAGGACCGUUAGAUCUAGUUGGGGGAAAACCUAACUAUAAAAAAUCCGAGUCUGUAAUGAGAUUCCUAACCAAUUUCGUAAUCAAAACAGUCGUUUAACGAUUUA